AUGGAGGAUUUUUGGGCUAGGUACAAGGAAUUUGGGAGGGAAGGUGAAAAGAUGUCUGAAAGUUCUGAUAGAGAAAGUCGUGACCCCCCUGCCUUUGGUGGCGAAGAUACUGAGAGUGAGGAGCCCAGCCAAUAUGUUUGUUCUGAAGAUGAGAGUUCCCAGACAGAGGGUGUGGUAGAAGAGGUUGUGACUGAUCGGGUUCUAACCUUGCCUCAUACACCAGAGGUGGGCUCGAGCAAUCAGGCAUCGCCGUCAGGGUCUGUGGGUGUAGCCGUGGCUUUAGCUUCAAAAGGGGUGGAUAUACGGGUUGGUGUCCCUUUGUUAAGGCGUAAUAUACUUACAGACGUAAAGUUGGCAGAGCUUCGGAUAGAGUUUAGUAUCCCACCCUCGGUGGGCCUGAGGUUACCCAGUGCUGCUGAUGUGGUUAGAUAUCCUCCGGAGGGAUGUGUGCUGAUAUUCACAGAUAUGUACCAGCAUGGCUUCAGACUACCAUCUCAUCCUUGGGUACAAAUGAUGUUGACUAAGCUGGGAUAUGCGCCAAGGCAAUAUAAUCCCAACUUUUGGAUUCUUCUUCAUGAGAUUUACAUUACUUGGUGA